AUGACGGGUGCCGCCACCAUGUCCAUCGACGUCCCCGUCUCUGACCCCUCGCAGCGUGCCGUCUCCGAUCGCACCCAGUCCAUCUGGCUCCGCAUCGCCCGCAUGCAAGAAUCCUUCAACGACCCGGACCGCUCCCUCAUCGCCUACGAGCAAGUCCUCAAACACAAUCGCUCCAACGUUCACGCCAUCGUCAGCGCAGCUCUUCUCCUCAUGAAGAAGGACCAUCUGCACGCGGCCAUCAGGUACCUCAUCACCGCCGUCCAAAUAGACCCACACAACGGCGACGCCUGGCGCGCACUCGGCUACACAUACAUUUUGACCGACGACAUGGACAAAGCCUACCAUGCCUAUUUCAACGCCCUUGAAAACUUGCCCGAUCAUCACGACCCGCAGUUAUGGUUCGGCAUUGCCGUCAUUUAUGAUCGCAUCGGAAACUUGCACGAUGCCUUGCGCACUUUCAAUACCGUUCUAGCCAUAGCCCCAAAUUUUGAGAGAUCUGACGAGGUCUUCUAUUCAAUUGCCCUCAUUUACAAGGAGCAAGGCGAGUAUCACAUGGCCAACUCCUACAUGACCAAGAUUAUCUCCAUCAAUUGCUCACCAGGCGCUUCUGCGGAAGCAUGGUAUCAAAUAGGCACAUUACACGACAUCACCAACAACAUCCCUUCUGCUACUGAGGCCUACCAAAACGCCCUCACAAGACUCCCUACCCACACCAAGUGUCUCCAGUCCUAUGCCUGGCUCAUUCACAAAAAUGGCAAUUCAAGCAAGGCCGUCGAGUUGCUUCAGCGUGCACUCGGUUACGAUGACUCAGAUGGCGUCACAAACUACCUUAUCGGCCGUAUCUACAUGGCAAAUUUGGAUUUCCGCGUCGCUUACGAUAAUUACCAGCGAGCCGUCCAUCUCGAUGAGAAGAAUCCAAACUUUUGGUGUUCAAUCGCCUCCUUGUAUUACCAAAGACGACAAUAUCGCGAUGCCUUAGAUGCCUACACCCGCGCAGUGCGCAUCAAUCCGGACAUUGCAGAAAUCUGGUUUGAUUUGGGCACUUUGUACGAGGCCUACUCAAACUUUGGCGAGGCGAUGGAGGCAUUUCAAAGGGCUGCGAAGCUCAAGCCUCACAAUAUCGCCUUUACCCAGCGCAUCGCUGCCUUGCGUACCAAUAAUAUGAAUGGAACCGCGCUACAAGGUCCGAGUGAUCGUCCACUCAGCGAUGGGCCGGAGAUGACCCCUGCCUCGAGAGUCGGCCAGCGACCUCAUAUCAAGUGCGAUGUCGUGCGGAGGUAUGGCUUGCUCAUGCCGCCUUCAGAUGUCCAGAAUAUAAAACCGUCUGUCCCGGUGCCCUCCAGCCAUCCAGGCGCUCUACCCUCGUUUAGAUCACUGGCAGGCGACAGGCAAUUGGGCCCAGGAGCACUUCCUGUUGUGAAUGGACCUGCGCCGGUUAAGCAGAAUGGAGUCCACCGAACACAGAAUAUGCAGAGCAUGUCUAACGGUCUAGUGUCGCGCGCGAACGCACCAAAACAAGAAGACAUGCCCAUUAGCAGUUCUCACUCACCACAGUCAAGGGCUGCUCCGAUCACUGGUCCUCGACAGGAGCCAAUUUAUCAUCAGCAGCUGCAGCACCAGCCGCCACAGCAUGCCGAUGGAAAGCCUGUGCGGUAUCCUGGCAGCGCACGAGCGCCAACCGAUGUCGUUGCAAACGUUCAGUACUCUUCCCAGAUGUCUACGGCACCUCAAGUAGACUCGCGUAUGACAGACUACCCUCGCAGCGGUAUGUCUCAGGAUUACCGCCGACCUGGGUCGAAUCCAGUUGAUCAAGGAAGUCAACAGCCUUUCUCGCGAGGCUAUCCAUCUUCAGAAGCCAUGAGGGACAGGCCCCCUCAUUUUUCGCAACCAAUACACCCAUCCUCCGCCUCACUCAGUACACAUGAUGAGCAAAGCAGGCCAAGAAACGGUAUGGGCCAAGAACAUUCGCGACCAGGAGACAGCAAAUGGUCGAGUGCCCCAGCUGUUGGAAUCCCGCCAUAUUCUAGAAAUCAUCAGACCCCGCACGGGUACCCAUCUAACGAAGCACCAUCGGACAGAAACACAAUGGGUUCUACUGGCACACAAGCAGGUGCUCUCCCAGCUUCAAUGGGUCUCUCUUCUCGAUUUCGCAGUGAACCCAUGGAACAGGCUGCGAAUAUUCUUGCUUCCCGUCCAAUCGAAACUACAGAUCCGUCACAUACUACUUCUCAAGUGCAGCUCCACGGAGCCCGUCCAAUUCCGAAACCAGACACAAAUGCAAACCCUGCGAUACCGUAUGGUCCGAGAACCACAGAAGAAUCAAGAUAUUCGGGUGUGAAGGAAAAUGAGAAUAUUCCCUCCGCCAACAAUCGAUCCCCCCCACGGACCGGAUCGGAUAAGCUCUCACAGCUUUCCGGAACGCCUCCUCGGGACAAAAUGGCUCAGGAACCGUUUCAUUCUACGGAAGCAAAACACAAAUCAGCAAGCAUGACCCCUGUUUCUGCCCCAUCUACGUUUACGAGCUCGAACGAAUUCAGCAUGGAACGCAAAGAAGGGCGAUCCGACUCCCACCUAAGUCACCCAGGGAACAGAACUUCUCGACCACAACUCCUCAAUCCUAUACAGGAUGGCCAAAUGGGGCCGAAGUUGAAUGCUGCUAAGCCCGACUCUCCGGUUGAUGAGGAAAUGCUUCCUCGCCUUCCCCCGCUUCCCCCCGCCCAAGGGGAACAGCGCAACAUGAGUGCGGGAAUGGACACCAACAGACCCCUCUUCAGGGACGGACAUGCGCAGCGCAUACCUUUGGUAACUGCACAGCCAGCGCCGACGCGAAGUGAUGCCCAGCACACUAAUGCAAUGAAUAGACCCGAGGCGAAAGGUGACAAAGGAAGCGCUUUCGGACCGCAUGGCCCGCCAAUUUCCCGUGCCGAAGACACGGGCCGCGAUGGUCCCUCGACUAUUCCGAGCACAACGAUGGGCGGCAGUGCGGACCGCAAAUACGACAACCCGCCGGCCUCACAGUCGGAUAUGUACAGCAGACAGGCAGCUUCACCAUCUCUCAGGCGUGUCACUGAGAACGCACCUUUGAGUGGAAGUUCUCGCGCGAUGCCCAUCAGCUCCAUGAUGAUCCCAAGCGAGACGAGAAGAGUUGUGAACGGCGGGGUCGGUCAAAUGUCAUCACCACUUCAUUCAGCUCAUAAAGCGCCUGACACGCUCUCUUCACCGAGUCCAGUUCGCAGGGACGCGUACGCCCCACAGUCAAACGGCAACGAGAAAGUUGUGAAGACCGGUUCUCCCGGGCCCCUACGAAGCAAUCAACCAAGCACUUCCGCUCACCUCCCAGCCCCUCAUCAAGCUGGGCCAGAAGGAGCACCACUUCCCCGACAUUCAUCAGGUCUCACAAAAUUCCCGAGAGGCAAUGGCUCUAGCGGAAAGCAAUCUGAAGGUUAUUCAUAUAUGCAGGCUAGGGAAAAGACGGAAACCCACCAUCAACUGCCUCGCGUUCCGUCCACAGGCAUUCGGUCUAGUUUACAACUUGCUAACAACGGGGGGAUCCCAACUUUGAAGAAGCCGAGACUGCAGCCGUUCGGGAGCGAUCAGGGGCAGAGGGAGAAAUCUCCUAGCGCUUUCGAAGGGCGAGACGGAAAGGGCGCUCACGGGCAUUCGGUUCGCAAUCCUUUCGGAUCUGGUAUAUCUGCGUCUUUUUCAAAGAGUUUAUCGCGUAGUGGUCCUUCAGGGCCAAUUGGUGUGGUUUCGAUGAAUGGAUCAGGUGCGGCAGCCGACAUGGCGACGGGACCGAGCACUUCUGGAAGCAUGAGAUCGCCGGGCAAGAGAGAUGAUCGAGCAGUUCGAAGUAGUUCUCGAGAGGAUAUUCCUGGACUGGGCAAGCGCAACGCGACCGUUUACGAAAACGGCAGCGUCGGGACGGGGAAAAGUGACUCAUAUGGAAAGUUUAUAUCAAAGCCGAGCGUAUUCGGACCUUCACCCGAAAUGAAAUUGCGUUCACCAGAGAGGGCGCAGCAACCACCCCACUUCAAAGGAACAACACCGCCUUACCGACCAGGGAUGGACGGUAGAGGCUUUGCUGACAGCAACGCGGAGGUGAGCAGACCUAAGAUUCACCACACAGCAACAGAGUCGAAUGGUGGUAACCGAUUCAACGGAGGUGAUUUGUAGCGCGGCAUUCGAGGUUUUUGAUUCAGGAUAGGUUUCGUUCUCGUCUUUGAUAUUUCAGGCAAAGAUAAUAGAUUCAGCAAAUACUUGUAACUGUUAGGUUUGAGAAUAGCGGCGCUGUAUUGGUUUCCCAAAAGUGGUCAGCUUCAGGAGAAUUUUUCGCGGCUCUCUAGCUAAUAGUGGCCUACGCGCUUUCAUAGAUAUUCCCAAUGUCGGCUUUCUCCGAAGGGAUUGCGCGCAUCUCGCGCAGUAGUUUGAUUUUGUGUAACAGUUCUGAACUUGUGCGAAAGAAGUAAAUACGCAAAGCUUGCUGCAA